AUGCCUCGAGUGAAAAUCGAUUACAUCGUUAGUUUUAGUAGCGAAGAUCCUGAGCAUCCAGCCAGCAAUCUGUUAGCAUGGGAGGUGAGCAAGAAGAAGUGGUUGUGUAAGAAGGGGGAGUCUUCCUGUUCUGUGGUGCUUCAGUUGACGAAGGCAGUCAAGAUAUCUUCUGUGCACAUAGGUGCCUACCAUUCAGCUUUAGUGGAGGUGCUGGUCGCCCGCUCAGAGAAAGCUAGCGAUCAGUAUCAGGUGCUGGUGCCGAGCUGCGUGUUCGUGAGCCCGGCGGAGUCCCGGCGCGACGAGCCGGCGGAGCGCGUGCGCUCGUUCGGCGCGGAGCAGCUCGCGAGCGACGCGCGCGCCCAGCGCUGGGACCGCGUGCGCGUGGUGUGCUCGCAACCCUACAAUAAACACUGCAAGUACGGGCUAUCAUUCAUACACAUUGACGAGCCUGGGGACGACCCCGCAGUUCCCCAACCCCAGGCCCAGCCAGCCGCGACACCAAUACCAAAACGCGUGCUCGCGCUCGACACCUUCUCAUCGGACGAGGAUGACUUUCGACCUGGAGAACUCUUUGCUAAGCACCUGCAAAAGAAUAGUGAUUCGCAAAGCAGCUCCUCUGAUACUGGAGCACAAAUAAGGCAAGCUACAUCACAAGCUCUCAAAAACAUAUCAGAAUCCUCAACCAAGCUGAUGAAGACCCCUAUAAAUAAGCCUAGCAGUAGACGAGACACUGUUUCGACGAGCGCAGGUGGCAGCGGCAGGUCGGACAGGUCGCGGGACACGCUGUUGUACACCAACGAUGACGAGAGACCGCACGCUAAGAUAGACCAGGUAGUUCAACGACAUAAAGAACAGAAACAAAAAGAAGAUAAAACUCAAAUGAAGGUUGACAAAAAAGAAAGGUCAAAUGGAAGUAGUCAUAGACCUAGGGAAGAAAACCAUCCCCCUAAACGAAGAAAGAGUUCUUCACCCACUGCGAGUGAGACGCCUCCAAGCAAAAGAGCCAACAAGAAUUCUGACAGUUCAAGUGAUCGUAAGAAGAGAGAGGAAAAGAGAAAUAAACCACAUGCGGGCAGUGAGGAAAGUGAACAAGAAGGCGAGGAGUGUUCUGAGCCCCACACGAUCCUCAGCGGGGUGGUGCUGGUGCUCAGCGGCUACGAGAACCCGGAGCGUGCCAACGUGCGAAACACCGCUCUGGCGCUGGGCGCGCUCGUGCAGCGUGACUGGGGGCCUUCCUGCACCCAUCUCGUGUAA